AUGUCCGCGUCAUCUACCCCCAACGACUCGCCCGUGCCUAUGCACCAGCCCAACAAGGCGGCCCACGUCGCAGUUCCUCAAGCACCGCUUGGCAACGCCACCAACGGACUUCAAGUCCCUGGUAUGGGUGCCAAGGCCCUCCUCGCGAAGAAGAUGGCCAAAAACGGCAAUCCCACAUACGUCUCGCCGACAGACAACAUGCUCACCCCCUGCACUCAAAAGAUCAGCGCAGCGAAGAAGAAGCAUUUCAUGAAGGGUUCGAAACCCGUAAACCUCUUCACACCUCAGUCGCCUGCGACUCAAGAAGACGCCGCGAAUGACGAUGAGGGUACGGACUUGUGCCCGGUCUCGAACGAGAACAAACCGACAUCGAUGCCCGUGGACGACGACGAGAACCCGUUCUGA